AUGCAUCACUACGACGGAAAUCUCCUCACAGCCGAAGACGAUAACAAGUUUAUAGCGGUGUUUGAAAUCUCCCAGAAACAGCAAAUAUUCACCGCAGGCUUCUCUCCGCCCGUCCCGGAUCUCGCCCCGACCAGCAUAAAGCUUAGUUUCCACGACCACGACUCUCUCGCAGGCGAGCAUCCCUUCUCUGACUACAUUGGGCCCGAUAGGUUUGAGAUUGCUUUUGAGGACAGCUAUCUUAAAAUCGAGGGUGCUCUCGACAGCCCCGUUUCCGAGAAGACCACGACAUGUGCGAACACCAUUCGUUCCAUCCGUGCUCAAUCCUCCGCAUCCGCCAAACCCCAGCUGCGGCCCUCGCCUCCAGUAUGUGCUCCCAACCAGGAACCGCCAACACUCUCCAGUUUCAGUUUCAUCGAGGCUAAGUUGCAACUGGCGUUUACAGCUUCAGGGAUAGACAUGCAUGUCUUGCCCAGCAAUUGCGGCGGCUCUCCCACCAAGACCCUUCUCGUGGCCGCCAUGGCCGGACUUGUUGCGGCACAAGACGUCAGCAAGAUCCCUGCUUGUGCGAUCAACUGCAUCAUGGACACAAACCCUCUCAGUGGUUGCCAGAGCUACCCAGUUCUCGACUUUCCCUGCCUUUGCCUCACCGGGGAAGAGUACAACACCGCGAUUGCCACUUGCAUCGUCAAUGCCUGCACUGACUUUAACGACGUGCUUGCCAUGAUUCAGUGGAAGACUGACACCUGCGCGCUCUACGGCGUUAAGUGGCCGUAA